GUGCAAGGUAAGCAGGGGAUAUAUACCAGCUUCUCAGAUCAUAUUCUACCUUCAUGUAGAAUGAUACCUUAAGGAUGCUUUCAUUUACUGGAAAAUCACUGGUAUUCGAUGGCUUUCCUGACCCGUCCGAAACGUGGGAGAUAAUUGAAACCAUUGGUAAAGGAACCUAUGGCAAAGUUUUUAAAGUAAUGCACAAGAAAAAUGGGAGCAAAGCUGCAGUCAAAAUCCUGGAUCCAUUUCAUGAUAUUGAUGAUGAAAUCGAGGCAGAAUAUAACAUACUCAAAGCACUCUCGGAUCAUCCCAAUGUAGUAAAGUUCUUUGGAAUGUAUUUUAAGAAAGAUGUGAAGACCGGAGAUCAAUUAUGGCUCAUUCUAGAGCUGUGCAAUGGGGGAUCUGUAACUGAUCUUGCAAAAGGACUUCUGAAGAGAGGGGAAAGGAUGAAUGAACCCAUUAUAGCAUACAUUCUGCACGAGGCUCUUAUGGGUCUUCAGCAUUUACAUUGCCAUAAUACUAUCCAUCGGGAUGUCAAAGGAAACAAUAUUUUACUAACUACUGACGGAGGGGUUAAGCUAGUGGACUUUGGUGUGUCUGCACAGCUAACUAACACUCGUCUGAAGCGGAAUACGUCCGUUGGAACACCUUUAUGGAUGGCACCUGAGGUAAUUGCAUGUGAACAGCAAGUGGAUACAACAUAUGAUUCAAGAUGUGAUGUCUGGUCCUUAGGAAUUACAGCUAUUGAACUUGGCGAUGGAGAUCCACCACUGUCAGAUGUGCAUCCUAUGAGAGCUCUGUUUAAAAUUCCCAGGAAUCCACCUCCAACAUUACGGCAACCAGAGCUUUGGUCAUCAGAAUUCAAUGACUUCAUUUCUAAAUGCCUUACAAAGGAUUUUGAAAAGCGGCCAGUGGUCUGUGACCUCUUGGAACAUGCAUUUAUUAAGCAAAUUAAAGAAAAUGAAAUGGCAUUGCAAAAGCAGCUGAUGGAAUUUAUUGAUAUUCACCAGCAAAUGGGAAUUAUGGAGAAAAAAAGACACGAACGGAUUCACACCAAGAAAGGCAACUUCAGAGAAUCUAUGACACCCAACCAGAAUGAUGUGGAUGACUUGGCAACAUUAGAAGUUCUAGAUGAGAAUACUGUGACAGAUCAGCUGCAAAAACGAUACAACAGAGAUCAGAUAUACACGUAUGUGGGGGACAUCCUUAUUGCUGUUAAUCCAUUCAGAGACUUAGAUCUGUACUCCUCACAGUAUUCCCAUCUCUACAUAGGAGCAAAGAGAACUGACAGCUCUCCGCACAUUUUUGCUGUGGCUGAUAUUGCAUAUCAAUCUAUGGUUACAUACAAUUCUGAUCAGUGCAUAGUCAUUUCUGGAGAAAGUGGAGCCGGCAAAACAGAGGGGGCUCAUCUCUUGGUGCAACAGCUUACUGUCCUUGGAAAGGCAAAUAAUAGAACACUGCAAGAGAAAAUACUGCAGGUGAAUAACCUGGUAGAAGCAUUUGGAAAUGCCUGCACAAUUAUCAAUGAAAACUCCAGCCGCUUUGGAAAAUACCUAGAAAUGAACUUUACAAGCAAGGGGACGGUGGCGUCAGCCCAGAUUUCUGAAUAUCUUCUUGAAAAAUCCAGAGUUGUUCAUCAGGCUUUGGGGGAAAAGAAUUUUCACAUAUUCUACUAUAUUUAUGCUGGAUUGUCAGAAAAGAAAAAACUUGUACAUUAUAAAUUGCCGGAAAACAAGCCUCCCAGGUAUCUCCAAAAUGAGCAUAUUAAAAUAGAACAAGACUUCAUGAAUAAUCCUUUCUAUAAAACACAGUUUGAUUUAAUUGAACAAUGUUUCAAGGUAAUAGGUUUUACGCUGGAGGAGCUUGAGAGUGUCUACAGCGUACUGGCUGCCAUUUUGAAUGUGGGCAAUAUUGACUUUGCAUCCGUGGCUUCAGAACAUCAGAUUGACAAAAGCCAUAUCUCCAACCCGGAAGUGCUUGAAAAUUCUGCCUCUUUGCUAUAUAUUCAGCCUGAUGAACUACAAGAUGCUCUCACGUCUCACUGCGUGGUGACACGUGGAGAAACGAUUAUACGUCAAAACACAGUUGAAAAAGCUGCGGAUGUAAGAGAUGCCAUGUCUAAGGCUUUAUAUGGGCGUCUUUUUAGCUGGAUUGUGAACCGAAUUAAUGUCCUACUGAAACCUAAUGAACAGUUAAGUGAGGAAGAUGCUGGAUAUAAUAUUGGAAUUCUUGACAUAUUUGGCUUUGAGAAUUUUAAAAAGAAUUCAUUUGAACAACUUUGCAUCAACAUUGCAAAUGAGCAAAUCCAGUUCUACUUUAAUCAGCACAUUUUUGCUUGGGAGCAGAAUGAAUAUCUAAAUGAAGAUGUGGAUGCAAGAAUUAUUGAAUAUGAAGACAACAGGCCACUUCUGGACAUGUUCUUACAAAAACCAAUGGGUCUACUUUCUCUUCUCGAUGAAGAAAUCAGAUUUCCAAGAGCUACUGAUCAAACACUUGUUGAGAAAUUUGAAGACAAUCUGAAAUCAAAGUAUUUCUGGCGACCUAAAGGGGUUGACCUAACAUUUGGCAUCCAUCAUUAUGCAGGAAAGGUUCUCUACAAUGCAAGUGGAUUUCUGGAAAAAAACAGAGAUACAUUACCAGCUGACAUAGUGCUUCUCCUGCGUUCCUCUGAAAAUAAUCUAAUUCGCAUUUUAGCUACUAAUCCUCUAACAAAAACAGGAAAUCUGGCUCACACAAAAACCAAAGGGGGAAAAAACUCCCAGUCACGGACAGCACAGAAAUGCUCCAACCGUGGCCAGAGUGAAUUUGGAGAUUCCCAUCAUCCAAGGGAGACUACCAACAUGAAAACCCAGACAGUUGCCUCAUAUUUUAGGUAUUCUCUCAUGGAUUUACUGUCAAAAAUGGUGUCUGGGCAGCCACACUUUGUACGGUGUAUUAAACCAAAUAAUGAUCGUCUGCCAAAUAAGUUUGAUCGAGAAAAGGUUCUGGUGCAGCUCAGGUACACUGGUAUUCUGGAAACUGCGAGAAUACGAAGACUCGGUUACUCACAUCGGAUACUUUUUGCUAACUUUAUAAAGAGGUACCAUCUUAUUUGCUACAAGUCAAAUGAAGACCCUCCAGCUAACCCAGAAUGCUGUAUGGCUAUUUUGUUAAAAGCAAAUCUUGAUAACUGGGUCUUGGGAAAAGCAAAGGUGUUUCUUAAAUACUACCACGUUGAACAGCUGAAUAGAAUGGUAAAAACCAUCGUUGGCAGAAUCACUCAUCUUCAAGCGUGUGUGAGAGGUUGGCUCGGUGUAAAGAGAUACCAAAAGAUGCUUUUCAAAAGAGAACAGAGUGCAGUGAAAAUACAAUCAGCUUUUAGGGGUUACGCAGUCCGGAAAGAAAUAGAACUAACAAAAACAGAGAAGAUGGAAGAGUUCAUUACUAAAUUCCAAGCCGUUGCCAGAGGGUAUCUCGUAAGGAGGAAAAGAAAUGACAUGCUGGCACAGGAAAAUGAGGCAGCAACAACAAUCCAAUCUCACUAUCGAGGUUUCAAAGAAAGAAAGAGCUUCGAAAGAAAAAGGGAAUCAAUGAAGAGAAAGCAAUGUAACAAUACAGCUGAUGUGGCAGUUGAUGGCACAGCAGAAGAAAUUGAUCCAGAAAUCAAGGAUCUGGGCAACAAAAGUGAAGAGGAAGCUGCUAUUGUUAUCCAAAGUCAUUUCAGAGGACAUCAGGAAAGGAAACAAAUAAAAGAGGGAUAUCAAAAAAAGAAAGAGGAGGAUAAUGAAGUGGUUGCAAAUCAAGAGACAGAACCCGUCGUUCUUCAAGAGGGACACCAUGAUGAUGAUAUUGAUACAAGUGAUCCCCGAGAAGAUAAGGCUGCCGUUGUUAUCCAAAGCAAUUAUCGUGGUCAUAGAGAGCGAAAAAAAUUCAAAGAAGCCAAAGGAAAAGACAAGGAUAAAAUAGAAUCUGCUGAAAGUAAUUAUAUCCACUUUAUAAACAACAAUACACAACAAGGAGACCAAGAUAUGGGUCAACCAAUUGCUCAUGAAAAUCAGACUGCAACAAAACCUCGACCUUCAUCAGACGUAGAAGAGGAGAGUUUGCUUCAACAUGAGAAUGUAGUAUCUAAUGAGAAGUGUGACUUAAAACCAAGCAAUACACAUGAUAUUGACUCAGAAGUACAGAAACUGCCAACAGACAAUGAAAAAGUGGAAACACAUAAAGAAAAUGAAAAAGAUUUAGAGACAGCAGCUGAAAAAAAACAGGAUAAUGAUCAUCGACUAAGUGAAAGAGAAAUAACCGAAAUGGAAGAAAAAUUACAUAGUAAAAAGGAUACUAUUUGUACUAAUGGUACAAAUGAAACACACGAUGGAAAUGUAAACGGUAGCGUUCUAAAAGAAAUUGAAGAUCUAGCUUUUUUUACAGAACAGAUUUCCAAAUUAUCAGAAAACUAUUUAGUUCUUCAGCAAAAGCUCAAUGAUUUGAUCAUGUUAAAUCAACUGAAACCAGAAAUAAGUGCUCUUUACCUGAGAGGAAAACAAAACAGCAAAAAUGAUUCCUCUAUAAAUGAAAAAGCUACCACGCAAGUAGAGGAUGUUAAACUACAAAGGACUUCAAGACGACAAAAACCAAAGACAUUAAGCAAUCCAGAUGAUUCUACAUACUACAAUCUCCUACAUUUACCACUCAAAGACGAAAAACGGAAACCGAGGAAAGAAAGUCAAGGCAAAGAGCUGAAUGCCGAAGAUUAUUACAAUGAAAUUUAUUCCAAGAAUUCUGCUUCAAUAAAUAACCAAAGCCAACAUGACGCUUUUUCUGCAAUGGAGUUUUCAAUCUUAAACCCAAAUGAAAGAUCAUCAAUCUCUGAAGCUGCACAGCAAGGAAAAAAAUUGGACGAUAAUCCAUAUGACUACAGGAAAAUUCUACGGAAAACCUCCCAGCGUGAACGCCUUAUUCAAAAAGUUUAA